UUCUUACAUCCCAACGAAACAUACCGUCUGUCUCACAGCCAGAGCUCUUCGCCUCGAAAAUCACAAAACCCUUCCGAUGACUAGAUUCACCCUGCCAAGAUGAUCAGCCUAUUGCGAGACUUAGGCUGACCCAGCUCGAAGCUCUCCUACGCCUCUCCUCCUGCUGCACAAGCCACUGCUGCGCUGCUUACCAUCCAACGACUACAGAUUAAAAGGACGAAAAUCUUUGGCUUCUGCCUUUCCACCGGCCAAAGAUGGACGUGCCUAGUACCCCCCAGAGGCCGGACUAUCGGUUGAACGGCCUCUCAUAUUUCGUGCCUCUCAACGAAGAAUCUCCUGGCGCCGUGUCGACGCGAGGCCAACACCUCCCUCUCCUCAUACAGAACCGCUCCAGCACUUCUCUAUUCACCUUGCCCAAGCGCGGUCGACAACCACAGGUUCGUCGCGGUUCCUUUGCGAGCCACCACUCGACCGAGGAUGAAGAUCACAUGGACGAACACGAGCCUCUGCGCAAACGUCGAUCGGCGCAUUCUCCGCUGGAGAUCGAUGCGAGGAGGAUGAGUCUGGGGCCCGAGAUUCUCAACACGCCUCAAAUGCGCAGCAUGCGCCUGAUCGGACAGUCCAACCCCAGGUAUUAUUGGCAGAGGUACUACAAAACAGAAGAAGAGCUGGCACAGAUGAAAAAGCCUAUUCGGAAAUACUACGAGCGCAACAACUUCCUGGUCGCGCAAUACCUGUACAUCGACCGUCUACUCGAUUCGAGUCUGCCUCACGACUUGAUUCAAGAGUACAACCAGCCCGCGCACAAGUCGAAUAUGAAAACCAUCUCGGAAGAGCGAGAGCCGGGCAGUGCGACUUCGACGACAGCACUGGCCCAGCCAAACGGCAGUGCGGAGGAACCUCCCACACCCAUAGAGACCAAGCUCAAACGCACGCCCAAGAACCUGUACAAGCUACCCGACAACGAAACGACGCCGUUGCUGGCCGACGAAGAACAAGCUCUCGAAGUGUUCCCAGAAAUCAGCCUGGAAGACCUGGAUGACAGCGUGGAACUCGACGACCCGAUUGUCACCAUCGCAAUCUACCUCAACCUUGUCGCGAAUGUGAUCCUGUUGGCCGGCAAAAUUGCAGUGAUCAUCCUCACCUCGUCACUUUCCGUGCUCGCCUCUCUCGUCGACGCCGCGCUCGACUUUCUGUCCACGGCGAUUGUCUGGUCGACCACGAAGCUCAUCUCUCAACAGGACCAGUACGCGUACCCGGUUGGGCGGCGACGUCUGGAGCCUGUCGGGGUGCUUGUGUUUAGCAUCAUCAUGAUCACGUCUUUUUUCCAAGUCAGUCUCGAAUGUUUCAACCGACUCAUAUCGCCCGACCACUCUGUCGUCGAGCUGGGCAUACCGGCCAUCGCGAUCAUGGUCAGCACUGUCGCCAUCAAAGGAUUCUGCUGGUUCUACUGCCGUCUCGUUCGCAACUCGUCGGUGCAAGCACUCGCCCAGGAUGCCGCGACCGACGUCGUGUUCAACACGUUCAGCAUCAUUUUCCCGCUCGUCGGCUUCUACGCUCAGGUUUGGUGGCUGGACGCGCUGGGCGGUCUGUUGUUGUCAUUGUAUGUCAUGUUCAACUGGAGCAAGACCAGUAGCGAACACGUGCGCAACCUGUGCGGUGCGGCCGCGACGGCGGACCAACGCAACAUUUUGUUGUACUUAACCAUGAGGUUCGCCAAGACGAUUCGUUACAUCCAGGGCUUACAGGCGUAUCACGCCGGCGACAAGUUGAAUGUCGAGGUCGACAUCGUGUUGGACGAGCAUAUGAGUCUCCGCGACACUCACGAUCUCAGCGAGAGUCUACAGUACGUGUUGGAGAGCGUUCCGAUGGUCGAUCGAGCCUUUGUGCAUGCCGAUUACGCUAGGCAGAAUUUACCUAGUCAUAUGAAUCAACAGAGUUGAUGGCGGCUAACAAGUGACCACGCUGUACAAUACACUACGAGGCCAUUCUGCUGGAAUAUGGUUGAUGGGGUUUUUGUUUUUUUUUGUUUGGAAAGGUCAAGAAUAGCAAAGACACUACAGUUAGGUAUCGCGUUGACAAAUGAUCGAGCGAGAUGUGGUUAUUGUAACUCGCGGGAUUUCAAAAGUGACGGAGGGAUGUUGCCACCAUACAACUAUGAUGAGGGGUGUGUCGUCAAUGUCGAUGUCUCGAGGACAGUUUAAGUACUUGUUGCACUUUGUAUGAUAAGAAGGUACGGAGUCGGAAGAGCGAUGGGACGGGGCCGGAGUAGGAUUGGAAUAGGAUCAGUCUCUUGCCUACAGGAUCAAGAUCAAGAUCAAGAACCAGACCAAGAAGAUGGUAAAACAGACCAUGUUGGGUGGUCACGUUUCUGGAAAAAAAGGAAGAAUCAGAGGGGGCCUUGCUGAAAAGUACUGCAGUAUUGCGGCUCAAGUCACCAGGCGGGUUGGUCCAAACGACACCAGCAAGCAUAUCAUCUCCGUACUAGGGUUAGAUAUUAGUUUUUUGCAAGGAAGAAUUGUCACUUG